CUUUAGUAUAUAGCAGCCCUAUUGGAACCGCUGUGGGGUUUUGCACUGUCCCAAAUCGUUACCACUCUCCUCAUCCAUCCAUCUGCUUUUCUCUCCCAAUCUCAUCUACCAUGAGGAUCCGGAAGAGGCCAAAUCCCUCCUCCUUCCCUUCUUCUUCCAUCUCUCGGCCGCCGCCGCCGCCGCCUCCGGUUCCUUCUCUGCUCCCAGAUCCAUCCUCCUAUGUCCAUCCAACAGCUGGAACGCCUGAUAAUAGUGGAGGAGGAUAUGGUGGGAGAGGUGGAGAGAGGUUGCACUCUGAUGGGGAUCUAAACAUAGACCCCAGUGAGUCGGGGAAUCCUCCCCAUCCUGAUCAGCCCCAUGGAAGCAGCAGCGAAGCAGCAGGGAAGGUGUUGAGAAAGGAUGCGAAGGAGGAGGACGGCAUGGUGGAUAGCAACGAGGGAUGGAAUACCCAUGUCAAUAGUAAUUGCAGCAGCUCAAGUGCACCGGUGUCGGCGUGGGAACAGCUUGGAGAUGCUGCAACAUCGCAGAAGAAAAAGAGAGGAGGAGAUGGGAUGGACAUUGAGAAGAAGCCCAAGGGGAAGGGGAGGGCGAAGACGAGUGACACCCCAGCAAAUGGUAGUGCUUGCACUAGAGUCGAUGCUAGCGAUAGCGGGAGAUGCCAAGGUGAGGACAAGGAGGAGGGAGUAGGAUGGAUGGAUGGGAAUGGGUCAAAUGGGAAGAAGCGGCGGAGCCCAGCGGUGCUGAUGGAGGGGUCGCGGUGCAGCCGGGUCAACGGCAGGGGGUGGCGGUGCUGCCAGAAGACGCUCGUCGGCUACUCUCUCUGCGAGCACCAUUUGGGGAAGGGGAGGCUGAGGAGCAUGGCCAGCGUGCGAGGCCAACUGGGCACGAGCACUGGUAAGCUCAAGCGAAGCAGUGAGCGAACCACUGCUCUCUCGAAACCUUUAGAGGACAAGCAACCACAGCCCGAUGACGCGGAUGAGAUCAAGAUGGAAGAUGAUAAGGAGAAGACGGCCGCACCGAAACGGAAGAAGAUCGGCAUGGUGAAGGCUCGAAGGAUCAGCAGUUUGCUCGACGAAAUCAAUCGUCCAUUGCCAUCUUUACUGUCGCAGCCGCCAGAAGAUCCGUUCAUGCGGAUGCCCGAUGGCAGCGAGGCAAUGGUGUGAAAACAUUAGCAGGUGCGUUCAGGUUCUUAUCAUGGAAGCCACGACCACUGGUGCUUGAAGAACAACUAAUCUGCUCCAAAUUUUGCUGCGUUUUUCUCUUUGUUUUGGUCAUUUCGAAGGAGAAUUCGAGUCUCUACUGCUCUUGGUGUUGUUAUGUGGAUCUGUACGAGGUAUCUUUAUCUGGUGCAAUCUCCAGUCUUGUGGUUUCCUUCUUCA